AUCCGGCGACAUUAGGAAAGGAAAUUACAAAGAAAAAAAUAGAUCUAUAGUCAGAGGGUCUCAAUGGGGUGGUGGCUUUUACGGUUAUCGGUCAAAAUUUUGGCUCUUUUACGGCUAUCGGUUAAUUUUUUUCAGUUACGGUUAACAAAAAAGUAAAAAAUUAAUUUCUUUAGUUUCAAAUAGUUAAAUAUUAAUUAUCCUGUAUUUUUUGUAUCAUUAAAGCAAAAUAAAGGUCUUCGGAUCAUCUCGGGAUGAAAUAAGCAAUUCUUUUGAAAAAUUUUAACAUUUGAUAGAUCACAUACUUUUUAUAAAGUAUUUCAUUUCUAAUAUUAUUUUACACAUAGAAAUGUCAAUAGUCAAUUUAAAAAUAAUCAAAUAAUCUUUGUGAAAAAGCAAAUUAAAGCAGACACGCGAGCGCCCAACUCAAGGCCGAGGCGCGACAUUCAUUUCUACUAAUGGUCAUUUUCACACUAGACACGGAUUAUUCGUGUGAGACGGGUUAUCCGUUUGAUGAUUCGCGUCAGAUAGGUAAUAAGUCUUAAUUUGAAAAUGGAAUAGUUUUAAUUUUGAAUGAACAAUUCGCCUGACUUUAUCCAUCAAUUUUGACGGACAAUUUGAAGAAGGAUUAUCCAUUUCAGAGAGACUGUGUUCAGCAGCCCCCUCUCCUCGGAGAAGGGGUGUCUGUGGGGGAGGGGGCGACUGUACACAGGCUGGCACGCGUGCAAAACGUCUGCGCAUGCGAAAGGUCUCUAUUUUCAAUAAUUAAAAUUUGCAAAAUCUUCCCAUUUAAAUUGAAAAACAUUUAGGAAUGUUUGAUACGUUUAAUGGUUUGCAGCCGAUUCUAGUAUUAAGCACAACAAAAAAUUACUUAAACUAACUUAACUAACUAACUGGUAAAGUCGUCCAGUACAAGGUUUUUCCGUCCUUGUUUUUCCACUUAGCAUGCAUUGGUCGAUUUCGUUGUUCGCAUUGACCGAGCUCAGCGACAUGAUGACCAAAACAGCAACAAUGGCUACGGCGAAGUGCUGCCAGAGCGAGCGUGGACUUUCAAACAUGAUUUUCGCCUCUGGUGCAAGGAGGAAAGUAUGUGGUGCAAAAGAGAGAAACUAAAGCAAUUAAUAAACUUUGUGUUCGUGAAAUUCUAAGCUUAUCUUUUGUGUGUGGAGCUUACUUUUUUGAAUUUCGCGGCCGGAAUCUAGUUUGUUUUGGUAUCGCGUAUAAUUUUGAACGCAUGCGCACUGCGUUUUUCACGCGUCUCACACAGGCUAGUCUCAGGCGAAUAAUCCAUUUCUAGUUCUAGUGUGAAAACGGCCAAUGAAAAAAGUUCUCGUGUCCAGUGUUUUUAAUGAUAGCGAAGGACUGUACAGAACGACUGUUUGCCGUUGACUUGUCCGUAGGCCUCAUCAUUCAGCGCGGCUAAUGCGUUCGGGUCACGUGGUCCGAGGGAGUUCGCCACCGAAAUGCCUUGACUGAGAUUGCGUGGGAUAAAAGCUGUACAGGGACUAGGCAUGGCAAUGUCUACGGUAGCGUCGGAGAAAAACAGGAAAUUGUUGAUAAUCAGCAACGUGUUUUACAAACAGUGAUAUCUCUGCGUGUUGUUUCACUAGUGUUUCCAAAUAAUAAUCCCCAGUAAGAAGCCACACUUUCGCUAUGGAACAAGUUACACGUAGUUCCCCGAGAGAGCGGCGGAAAAGGGAGACAAGGUCUAGGUCACAACUUACAGGCGCUUGGCGUAACGUGCGUACGGAGUCACAGUACCCGGGAAAUAAAAAACGCAUUCCGUAAGUGAGUGUAGCACCUUCCUUAAAAUUAACAAAUCUAGGGAAAAAAUUCCUUUACGGUUAACUCUUGUUUACUGUAUUUACGGCUAACGGUUAAAAAUUUUCAAUUUUUACGGCUAUCGACUAAAGUUUUGGCCGUUUUACGCCUAUCGGUUAACCCCAUUGAAACCCUCUAGUCAAUGUGAAUCUAGUUUAUCAAAAGAAUUUUCUCGCAGUACCUAUACAGUAUUUUACUAGUAGAAAUGCGCAUUAAAAAGUGAAAACAAACCAGGAUAAUUGACAACGACUUUAAAAACCUGUAACAGUAAUCUCAAUGACGGUUUUCGUGAGUGCUCAAUGGAGUGGUGCUCCUUUACAUAUGAGAGCGGUGUACUGCAUGACAGGCUUUGCGGUUGAGAAUCCUUCAGUCAAAAACAUUUAAUUCAGAAAAUUUCCUUGUCUUGUGCAAACGUCAUCUUUUGGUUCUAACUUUUUUUUAAACCUAGAAACAGCCUUCCUUAUGAAACUCUAUAUAAUUGCUGUGAAACCGUCCAAAAGCGGAAUUCGUCGCAUUUAAAUUUUGUGGAGGUAGACAGCAACUAACCUCGUUUGAAGAUAUAUUGAAUCAUGUUGAAUAAUUUUAGUAACACUGCUAGCUCUUUAAGGUUCAAGUUUGAGAAAAAGUCAUCUUGCAUCGGUAAGCUUUUAGCAGCUGGAACAGGCAAAUUUACUCAAGUGAAUGGGAAACCAUAUUUCAGUUAAUUUCGCAAGAAUAUAUCAUUCUUAUUUACCCGAGGCAAAAACGUUGUCACCCAAGCAUAAUAACUCGAUCAGCACAACUCUGUUCAAGAGAUUUACUCACUGCAGAUGAACUAAUUAAAGUCGAUCAAAAAUUAGUGUCAGAAUUGGUGCAAAAAAUUAUCAGCUGCUCCAGAAAUUUUUUAUGUCACCCUAAUUAUUAGUCUUCAUCUUUCUGUAGGCUUGAUGUUUUACUGCGCAUGCGUCCUCGACCAAAGGAAUCGUACGGGCUAAUGGCCUACCUUCUUGGUUUGUACUCUAAUUUAGCAGAGUUCUAUAACUUGGAAAACAAUGAUAUUGUCCACUUACGUUGAAUAAUUAAGUCUGGCAAUUUCAAAAGCGAGACUGAUUUGAGUUCUUGAUCUCGUGAUGCGAUUAUUCUCAAAAGAGCAGCAAAAAAAUAGCUUCACAUAAUGUUGAACAUAUAUUGUAUAGAACAAGUGAUUGCUGUAGCCGGAACACUGAACUUGAAUUAGAGUCAAUUAAAGAGAAAAUUGCCAACAACUCUACACAAUCAGCGGGUAGAUUGGUUCCUAUGAUUUGUUGAUAAUAAAGUCGUGUACUUGUUUUAGGGCAGCAUAUGCAAAAUACUGGUAAGGGAAGAGCUGGACCACCCAGCCCUCCUGGAAAACAAGGACCACCUGGACCGAAAGGUACAAUUAAUUGAAGCCAUUCGCACGAUGACCUAAGGAAAGUGGCGAUAAAAUAAUUUUUCCCUUCAUUGAUGGCCAGGAAGAACAAGAGAAAAAAGGGAUCGAAUACUUGAGAUCUAAUCUAAGUCAUUCAACUCAGCCACUUACUUUAAGAUGGACAAUAAAAACAACUUACCGUUUUUAAGAGAUCGUGUCUAUUCUACACACGUAAUCUAAGUUUAAUAAGGUUAGAGGUAAAUCCACUGAUGAUCCAAUGACAAUGAAAAACGGUUUGUCUUACUUGUCAUUUCCUUAUCAUGAGAAGAAGAAUUCUGCUACUUAAAUUUGUUUAUUUCAUUCGCCCCACGUAAAGGAAUCUAAGAGAGUCUUGCAUCCCGGAUUCCACCCCAUGGAUUCCAGAUUCAAGCUAUGGAUUCCGAGCUCUUUGUCAGUGUAGACUAGUGGCACUUGGAUUCUCAAUUCCAAUUUUUCUGAGCUGUAUUCUGGAUUCCAAAGCCCAGGAUUGCUGAUUUCAUGGGCAAAAGUUUCGCGGAUUCCGGAAUCCGGAUUCCCUUAACAUGGGACAAAUUUUAUGAUUUCUUCUUGUCUUAAUUAAGUAAUUUUAAAACAAACAUUCAACCACCUCUUGACCACGAGAUCAGAAAUCAAAUGUAAGUGGUAAUUUAUAAAACCAAAAUAAAGCUCAUAAUGAGCUCGAUGAAUCACAAAGCUGUGCUACUUUGAAGAGCAAAAAAUUGCUAGUAAGAACUAACAUAACCAGUUAAGUUGCAGAGUGCUAAAGGUCAUUUUAACUGUCAUAGGGGAUCCGGGAAAACCUGGAACCAACAAGCCAUUUCCAGGCCCUCCUGGUCCUAAAGGAGACCAGGGAGCAGUUGGGAAGACUGGAGCUCAGGGACCACAGGGUGCAAAAGGAGAAAAGGGACAGGAUGGAUCUGGGACAUCAGGGGUGAAGUACGUUCGCUGGGGAAGGAUCACAUGUCCUAGUGGCGCUCAGGUAGUUUACAAAGGUAAGAAAAUGAGAACAAUUUUAUAAAUCGUAAAUAAUUAUCGCCCAAUUAGCUUAUAAACUGGUAAGGCCAUGUCUGGUGAAUUAUUCCACAAAGGUGUGUUCUUAAACUUCUUAGCACGAUCUUCUCGUUGAAGUAGAUUUCACAUUUUUGUGUUGCCGCCUCAGGCAUCUUAUAUAUUCCAUAUCCUUUUAAAAAUGAUUCGAAAGUAACGUCGAUUGAAUCAAUCUUUCAACAACUUAUGCCCCAUUCACACCAACAACAUGUUUAUUUUUUUUUUAAACUAGGUCUUAAAAAAAUCAAAAACAGCAACGGAAAAUUUAAACAAAGGCUUUUGCAAAGAAUCCAAGUGAACUUUAAAACAUGCUACAAAACUGCACUAAAUUUGUCUUCAUUAAAAGUCAAAGAGUACUGACAAUAAGCACCUUUUAUAGAAAUAACUAACUUAAACCUUGUUUAACUAAACACCUUUUUAAACAUGUUUAAGCUUUAGUGUGAAAGUGACUUAAGUUUUAAUUUACUUUGAUUAUUUACUGUAUGAUUCGGCUACCAACACUGAGAGGAAACAAAGUAAAGCCAGGGACAUCGAGCAUGACAGUAGACUCUGGGUGUGACCAAAACACUCAGUGGAUCACGAUUUUUUAAGUACAGUCAAACCCGCUCUAAGACUUGCUUAAUACGGACACCUCUAUAUUACGGACAGUUUCCUUUAUCCCUGGGGAAAGAAAACUCUUAGUACACUUUUUCUAAAUUAAACCCGCAUAAUACGGACAUUUUCUCUGGCCCCUUCAGUCUCUGUAGUAACUGGGUUUAACUAUAAUCUAGUCAGCUUCUAUCAAAAAUCUUUUUAUAGUCUUAAAUUGAUUUGUUGUUCACAUCAGGUAUGAUUGGUGGAGAAUACUACAAUAACCCUGGUGGUGGAGCAAGUUAUCUCUGCCUUCCACACAAUCCAAAGUAUGACAAGUACAAAGAUGGCUAUCAGGCCGCUGGAUACGUGUGCGGCACUGAAUAUAAAGUGAAUGAUUACAAUGGAGACCCUUUUAAGAAAAAUCUUCACAAUCAUGAUGCGCCGUGCGUCGUCUGCUUCGUCAAGUCACGUGGUUCAAUGCUGAUGAUGCCUGCUAGGAAUGACUGUCCAUCUGGAUGGAUCAAGGAGUAUCGUGGGUACCUGAUGACUGCUUAUUAUAACCACAAGCAUUCAAGCGACUUCAUUUGUGUUGAUGGGGAUCCAGAGUAUGUUCCUGGUAGCCAUGCCAACCAAAACGGUGCCUUGCUGUACGCUGUGGAAGAAAAUUGCGGCUCACUCCCAUGUCCUCCUUAUGCCAGCGGUGGAGAGUUGACAUGCGCUGUGUGUACCAAGUGA